CGCUGUAGACCGGGAAGCUGGCCUCGAGCUCACGGAGAUCCGCCUGCCCCUACCUCCCGAGUGCUGGAUUAAAAGCAUGCGCAGCCUUGCUACCCAUAGAAAGAGCAGCGCAGGUCCGGAAAGCUGGAGGUGGUAGCGGUUUAGAGUCCGCAGAAAGGAGGUCGCUCCAUUGGCUUUCCCACGGCAAGGUCUAUUGCCUCGAGGGCUUUAGCUCCGGUAACUGGGGUGCUCAUAGUUGUGGACUGGGAGGGAUCACUCUUUCUUACCUGUUGUGUGAAUUCUGCUUCUCAAAUGUAAGUGAAGGAGAGACCACCGCCCCGUCCUACCUGUGAAAGACACCUCUGAAGAGAUACCAGUUGCUGCGGAAACCCAACCAUGCAUCGCGGAGAAUUGUUUUUGCUGCUCUGUGUUUUCGCUGUUAGAAGUGCCUCAAGAAAAUGCAUCUUCCGCCCGCAAAGGCACGCGUUAGAAGGAGAGCCUUUUUAUCUGACACACUGUGGCCGAGCUUCAGCUGUGCACAAGAACGAAACAGCUGCCAUAAGAUGGUUCCGAGUCCUUGCUUCCAAUGGAUAUGUCGAGCUGAACACUGAAAGCUCCCCCAGAAUUACUUUGUGGAGUCACUAUUUGGAAUUCUGGCCAGUGGAGCUGGAAGACAAUGGAACAUACUUUUCCCUAGUGGGAAAUGAUCGUCGAAAUUGGACCCUAACUGUCAUCAAAAGAAAUGAACACAGCUGCUUUUCUGAAGAACUUUUGAAAAACAGAUACGUGGAAGUCAAGAAAUCUUUCGGUAUAAAAUGUAAAAAUUCUAACUACGAUGAACUGAUCAACAACAUUUCAUUGUAUAAGAACUGUAAGGAAAUAAAACCCCCAGAGAUCAAGAAGGAUGCUGACUUUGAAGAUGAGGGUUAUUACUCUUGCGUGUUUUCUGUCCACCAUAAUGGGAAACAGUACAACAUCACCGAGACCUUCAAUAUAACUGUUACUGAAGAGAACAGUAAAAUCACUCCAGCUAUUUUGGGACGAAAGUUUGACACUGUUGAAGUCGAUCUAGGAGAAGAGGUGGAACUUAACUGCACUGCUUUACUGAAUAAAAAUGACCUGUUUUAUUGGAGCGUCAGGAAAGAAGACAGGUCAAACCCUAAUGUGCAUGAAGACAUGAACAUGACAACUUGGACUUCUGAGGGCAAACUGCAUGCCUUUAAAAAAUUGAGAAUUCGGAAUGUUGCUGAAACGAAUCUCAACGUUUUAUACAAUUGCACGGUGACCAACGAGGAAGCCACAGACACCAAAAGCUUCAUGUUGGUGAGAAAAAAAAUGGCUGAUAUCCCGAGCCACGUCUUUACGAGAGGAAUCAUCGUGGCAGUGUUUGUCUCUGUGGCAGUAGUGUGUGUGGUGAUUUUGUGUGUCAUUUACAAAGUCGACUUGGUUCUGUUCUAUAGACGCUUGACGGAAAGAGAUGAGACAUUAACAGAUGGCAAAACAUACGACGCCUUUGUGUCUUAUCUGAAAGCGUGUCACCCUGAGAAUGGAGACGAACACACUUUCGCUGUGGAGACACUACCCAGGGUCCUGGAGAAACAAUUUGGGUAUAAACUGUGCAUAUUUGAAAGAGAUGUGGUACCCGGUGGAGCUUUCAUUGAUGAGAUCCAGUCACUGAUAGAGAAGAGCCGGAGGCUAAUCAUCGUCCUCAGCAAAAGUUACCUGACCAAUGAAACCAGGCUUGAACUGGAGAGCGGACUCCACGAAGCACUGGUGGAGAGGAAGAUUAAGCUAAUCUUAAUCGAGUUUACUCCAGCCGGCAGCUUCACGGUUCUGCCUCCGUCCCUGAAGCUCCUGAAGCCCUGCAGGGUCCUGAAAUGGCAGGCUGACAAAUCCCUUCCUUACAACUCGAGGUUCUGGAAGAAUCUUCUUUACCUGAUGCCCGCAAAGGCCAUCAAGCCGUGGAGAGACGAAUCCGAAGCUUUGCCCGUUCUUGCAACACCUUGAUCUUCAGCAAGGCUCCAUGUCAGAAGGAACAGAGAAGCCCUGCUGGAGGCUGUGUGUGUGCCUAAUCACAGCAGGGGCUAUCGUUCAAAAUACCGAAUUCUGUGAUCAUCCCCCUCCACUCCCAGUUAGAAGAUAAGAUUUGUCAUUGGGUUGCCAUAGAAGAAACAAAGCCGGAACUCCCAGGAGACCUUGGGACUCACAAGAGAUCAGUCUGUUCUUCUUUCUUUCCCCUAGAGCAGUGGUUCUCAACCUGCGGGUUGGGAGCGCUUUUGCAAGCCUCUAUGAUCAAAUACAUUUACAUUAUGAUUCGUAACAGUGGCAAAAUGAGAGUUACAAAGUAGCAUCGAAAAUAAUGUUACGGUUGGAAGUCACCACAAGAUGAGGAACUGCCUUAAAGGUUGCAGCUUUGGGAAGGUUGAGAACCACGGCCCUACAAUUAUAUGUACUCUAUCCCACAUUCAGCAAGGGGGUGACAAGACACACAAACUGACUGAUGCCCCCAGAAGAAGGCAUUUUUUAUGAACCAGGUUUUAUUACCUCUCAGGGGUACUUAGUUCUCCACCAGGCCUGGGAGCUGGAAGGAGUAGGUGGGAAAGACACAUGUGGAGCAGGGAAACAAGGUGAGGGAAGGCCCCAGGGACUUGGCUUCAGCAUGAGAUUAGUGCUGCAAGUUGGCAUUUCUCGGAAGCUCAGAGAGACAUUAGGCAAGAUGUUUACCUCUUCUAUAGACCUUCCAUAAGACCUUUGAAAGGAGAACCCUAAACACCUUUGUUUCAUCCAUGUCAGAUAAAAAUUUAAAUUCAGAGAACUCUGUAGGUCUUUCAGGGUUAGUGACCCAAGGCUUUUGUUGACUUUAUAUAGAUACUUAUAUGUAGGAUCAUAAAAGCUAACAACAAUAAACAAGCAGCAGUUGCUUGCUUUUAUUAGCUGUUUUAAAAGGGAGGGAGUUCAGCACGGUGGGCCAUUGAGAGUGUGGCCUGGCCUGUAUGGCCAAAUUUGAGUGACAGUCUUGGGCUUUCUGCUUCCUUUGUGAGCUCUGGAAUUUUAUCUGACUUCUCAUACCUGAGUUUUCUCAUCUCUAAAACCGAGUUCAAAGUAAGCACUCCUGCUUCACAAUGGGACUGAAGGCUUCCCUGUAAAUGUGGCGCUUGCUUUUGAUGGCAGUAAAUGCGCUCAGUGAUUUCACAGUGGAGCAAUGGGAGGCAGAGAUCAGGUGGGAAAACAGGUCUGAGGAGAGAGAAGCUGCUUUGGCUUGAGUAGCAAAUCGAGAGAAGGACACAGUGGAGGCAUAGCAAAAGAAAACAAAAUAAAAAACAAAGUAAAAAGCCCAAAACACAUAUAAACACACACACACCACCUCUUUGUUGGAAUAUAGAUCUUUCGGGCACUGGGAGACACUUCUGUCUCUCUAAAGGGGGCCAUCCCCCUGGGGCUUUCUCCAUGGUUCAAAACAAUGGCUGUUGGUAGGAAUUGCUUGUGUGUGUCUGUAUGUGUCAGCAUGUGUGUCUGUGUGUGUCUGCACGUGUUUAUAUACGUGUGGAUGUGUGUGAAUAUGUAUGGAUGCUGACCUUGCAUGGAAAGAUCCAGAGAAGAUUCAGGGAAGCCCAAAGUUGUCUGUUUGCAAGUUUGCAAAUGCCCGAGUGCAGCAGGAAUGUUCCAGAAAAGUCUAAAGCAGAGGUUUUUAGAACGGACAUGGUAGAUUUUGAAAGAAAGAAAGAAAGAAAGAAAGAAAGAAAGAAAGAAAGAAAGAAAGAAAGAAAGAAAGGAAGGAAGGAAGAAGAAUGGGGAUUCUCACUAAGUUUUAUAGCUCAAGCCUUCAUGUGCUAAUUGGCUGACCAAAUAAAAAGUAAAUUCAACAAAAGCUUCAUGUCCUGUGUGUGAAAACAUAGAGUCAGAAGUUUUGUUGCUUUGGGAGUUCUGGUAAAUAAAAUGACUUUGUUUUUUUCUUUUAUUGCUCAUGCUCUGACAAAUGAAGUUUAUUUCAUAUGAAAUAUAUUUUACAUUAAAUCUGCUAAAUGCAUUCA